AGAUGCGUCAGGUUUUCAUUUUUAUAACUGGAUAAGCCAGGAACAUAUAAUUUGCAUAUAGAUGUAGUGCAUAUUGGACUAUACCUUUAGUAUUACGAUAAGUAAUGGGUAGGUCUAACAUCUAAUGAAUAUGUGACUGUGGAGAAGUACUAUAUAUGUGAUACACUGUGUUUGGAAAAAGAUCGAAAAGAGUAAGGAUAAAACUGAUAUGUGUUGUUACCCAUGUGUCAGGUAAAUAGAAUAGUUUUAUGUUAGGAAUGGAACUUAACCGAAUGCCAAUAACGAAUUCAGCUUAAAGGUUAAUAAUACUUUACUUCUGUCAAGAUUAGCGUUUUGUUAGGAAUGGAACUUAACCGAAUGCCAAUAACGAAUUCAGCUUAAAGGUUAAUAAUACUUUACUUCUGUCAAGAUUAGCGUUUUGUUUUGUUUGUGCUUGUUCGGCAUUUAUUCAGUCUUUAGACAGCCUUCAGUAAUUAUUUCAUAAUUUCUUUCUUUUUUUGAGAGGCGUGAUAAUUGUUAUUUAAUAUAAUAUAAAAACAAAAGACAAUCAAUUAAAGAAUUAAAGAAGCCCCCUCCCCCCCCCAAAAAAAAAUAUACCAAAAAUAAAUAAAAUAAUAAUAAUAAAUAAUAAUAAAUAAACUAAUAAUAAUAAUAAUAAUAAUAAUAAACGAGAAAAAGAAAAACUAUACCAAUCUCUAUACCAGCAACAGAAAGAUAAAAUGAAAUUUAAAAACGAUCUUUAAGAUAAUUUUCCAAAACCUGAGAGAGCUGAAGAGAUCUUGAUGUACCAAUGAGUGAAACCAAAAACAAGGAACUUUAGAAGAAAGCGAACACGAUGGCAGACUCUAAAGAUAAAAGUGAGUUGUCUGAGAAAUCCAAUUCCAAGGAGUCUGGUGUGUAUUCUUGUCUAGAUGGAUGGCGCCGCUGCUGCCCUGUCCGGUACAUCGUGUUGGGCUUGGCGUGUGUUGGGAUGAUAACCGUCAACGCCAUGAGGACCAACGUCGGGUUUACUGUCAUCACCAUCCUGGAUGAAACGUCUCACCUCAAAGUGGGAACAGCAGAAGCUAGUGCCAAUCUUCCACGUGUAAGAUGGAAUACCCGUAUGAUUGGAUUCCUUCACAGUAUUUUCUACAUUGGAUACCUCAUUACCCAUAUACCCGGUGGUUACCUAGCAACUAAACUUCCAAGUUAUAGAUUAUAUGGUGGAAGUAUCUUGCUGUCUAGCGCGCUGAAUCUUCUCCUUCCUACGGCCAUCAAAGACGUGAGCUACACCUUCACAUGUAUUGUCAGAUUUCUUCAGGGUCUCAGCGAGGGUUUACUGUACCCUGCGUGUUAUGGUAUUUUACGUCACUGGUCGACACCACAGGAACGAGGCCGGACAGGCUCCACAGUUCUCACAGGUGCCUAUUUCGGGGCUGUUCUGGGAUUUCCGGCAGCAGGUUUAAUCACGCAUUUCAUUGGCUGGCAGUACAUCUUCUACUUGAAUGGCGGUAUAGGAAUCGUGUGGGUGUUGCUGUGGUUGUGUUUUGCCAGUGAGAAGCCGUCGCAUCACAAACUGAUCAGCGAUAACGAACUGGGCCACCUGCAGAAGUCACAGGGCGACGGAGUACUCGACUAUGAGGGCGGCUACCUUCCCUGGCGAAAGAUCCUGAUAUCACCUCCAGUGAUCGUCCUCUGUGUGUGUCACUUUGCCAGAAACUGGGUCUUCAUCCUCAUGUUGACCAACGAACCGUUCUACCUCAGUUUAUUUGGAUUUAGCAUUGCAGAAAAUGGGAUCUACUCGUCUAUACCACACAUAGCUAAAGUGAUAGCGGCUAUCGUAAGUGGUUGUAUCGCGGACUGGCUGCUUCUCAGCAAAACACUGGACACAACCAACGUCAGGAAGCUUCUCACGGGACUCGCAUUUGGUGUUGAAGCGACUGGUUUCUUUGCGCUGAGUUUCCUCGACAGCAAGCUCCCAGUCCUGAUUGUGUUAACGAUAGCUGUGGGUGCCAGUGGAUUCGCCGUGUCCGGUUGGCAGAUCAACCAUUACGAUUUGUCCACCAGACACGCCAGUUUUCUCGUUGGUCUGUCGUCAACAGUGGGGAAUAUCGCCUCCGUCGCUGCACCGCUGGUCGCUGGACAUCUCACUCAGAAUCAGGAUAAAGAAGGAUGGCGUGCUGUUUUCUAUUUCACAGCCGGAGUCGCUCUACUUGCUUUCAUCCUGUUUCUAUCUUUUGGUUCUGGCGAACAACAGGAGUGGUCCUGUCCUCCAGAGCACAUUAAUCUCAUCCAGAAGACCGACCCUCUCGCUCGCAGACUAUACAAAUCACACAGCGUCCAGUCACCAUCCAGAGAUGAUGACCUGCUCCCAGCGUGCGAGACGUCAGCUCCCAAGAAACCAGCCAGAGCCUACAGUCUGCAGUCAAUGCCCAUCUCAGGGAUUAUCGACUUGGAUGACGACAAGAAAGGGGAUGUUAUAGACUCUACUGAUGUCGACAAGGAUCCGAAAGAUUCGGAUUUUGUGGCCAGUGCUGGUGAUGGUGGUGGUGAUGAUGCUUUAAGGACUCAAGACAAUGGUGAUGACGGACAUAGGACACAUGAAACUGAUGUUUCUCCAGUUAGUGAUAAUGAAUCAUCUAGUCUAAAUAAAAAGGUGGUAUAAUUAUAGUAGUGCUUUAUCUAGUGCAGCUUAAACUGUGAUGUGUACAUAGACUUUUAAUUUUUGUGAUAUCCAUGGUAUAUUUUAGAAACGUGUUUGCUUAAAACGGGCAUUGGAAUCACGCAUAUUAAUGUUUAAGAGCUGAUUUCUAGACAACAGUUCACCCAACUCAAGAAAAUACCAAGCGGAAUUUGUAUCACCGUCAGAGUUCGGGGUAGUCUCAGGUGCCAUGAAAAUUGAACACAGUUUAGGUGAAAGGUGCAGGAAAUGAAAGUUGGGACAUUUUACAAUAUAUAGGAUAAUUAUAAAUGAGUUACAGUACCAGUUAUUUUUAUUAUCAAAUUUAUGUCAGUCAUGAAAUCAUUCUACAGAUGAAAAUUAUUUAAUGAGGGACAUAAAUUUGAUAAUAACCUGGUACCGGGUUUGGUAUUCUAUUUAUUACCUCAGCUAUUUUGUUCUCUAAAAACCUUUUAUUUUUGUCAUGUAUAUAGAUAUGCUGUAAACCAAUUUAUACACUGUUCCAAGUAUUGCUAUAACUUUAUAUUUCAUUCACUUUCAAAGGUAAUUAUUUUUAAAAAAACCAAAGUGCUAUUUAUUCUUUUAAAAACAUCUGUAAUGAAUUGUAUUAAAAUAAUAUUUUACGACAAAAUUUUAAAAAUGAAAACAGGAGCAUAAAUAAACUCUUUAAGACAUGUGGUGUAAUUUUAGUAUUAAGUAGUGAUUGUGUAUUGCCAAAAUGUUUGUAUUGCAAUGCAUACCAUGUGAAGACCAAUUCUUAGCAGAUUCUCAAUUAUUACAAUUUAUAAAGUGCUCAUUUCAUGUGUAAUGAAAUAAAAUGAUAUACCAGUCAA